GCAACACUGUAAUUUCGCUGUGGUCACGUGCUACGCGGAUGCGGAAGUGUGGAGCCGUUGUUUUGCUAAACAAGUAACCGUGAAGCUAACCCAGAGCUUCUACUAAACAACGUUUUUGUGACCGUGAACAAGUAAACCACACUCAUGGUCAGGAUGGCAGAGAAGCACUGCCUGGAGGGCCAGGUGUACUCAGUGCCUCUCAUCCAGCCGGACCUGAGGAGAGAGGAGGCUGUGCAACAGAUUACAGAUGCGUUGCUGUACUUGGAGAGCAUAUCUACGGACAUUUUCAGAAGGGUGUCUGAGAGCGUAGAGAAGAACCGCCACCAGCUGAAGAGCAUCACUGACCGCAUCAGACUCGCUCAGGCCCGUGUUGACAAGAUUAAAGGCAGUAAGAAGGCCACUAAGGUUUUCUCCAGUGCCAAGUAUCCAGCCCCUGAUCGACUUCAGGACUACUCCUCUAUCUUCACUGGGGCCACAGACCCCUCUUCACAGUCCCGCCCGAGACACAGGAUACAGAAUAAGCUUCGACCUUUUGAUGAGAAGGCCUUGCAGGAGAAGCUAAUGUAUUUCCCAGUGUGUGUGAGCAAUAAGAAGAGGUCUGAGGAUGAGACAGAAGAGGGAUUGGGCAGUCUGCCACGUAACAUCUCAUCUGUCAGCUCUCUGUUGCUCUUCAAUACCACAGAGAAUCUAUAUAAGAAGUAUGUGUUCCUUGAUCCUCUGGCGGGAGCAGUGACAAAAACACACACGACACUCGAGACAGAAAAAGAAGAGAAACCAUUUGACGCUCCGCUGUCCAUUACAAAGAGAGAGCAACUGGAGAGACAGACAGCAGAGAAUUAUUUCUAUGUGCCAGACCUGGGUCAGGUGCCCGAGAUAGAUGUACCAUCCUACCUGCCUGACCUGCCAGGUAUCGCAGACGAUCUGUCCUACAGUGCAGACCUCGGGCCUGGAUUCGCCCCGUCGGGACCAACGCACAACAUCCCCGAGCUGCCAUCCUUCUCUGAGGAGAGCAACACAUCAGGGACUCAGAUCCAGCCUACUGCUCCACCACCUCCUCCUCCUCCACCUCCCCCUCCUCCCCCCGAGCCUGCCCUCCCUCCUCCCACUCCCGCAGGAGCUCCCCCUCCUCCACCUCCUCCACCCCCGCCUCCCGCAGAAACCACCACAAACUCUUCACGGGUGCAGAGUUCAGGCCCCGUGUCUGGCGCUCCCAGCGAGGUGGUCCAGCCGUCAGACGGCCGUGCCAACCUGCUGGAGUCUAUCCGCAACGCCGGUGGCAUCGGCAAAGCCAAGUUACGCAACGUCAAGGAGCGAAAGAUGGAGAAGAAGAAGCAAAAGGAGCAAGAGCAAGCAGUCGGUGUGGCAUCUAGUGGUGGAGACUUCAUGUCUGAUCUCUUCAAUAAACUCGCCAUGCGAAGAAAAGGUAUAUCUGGUAAGGGUCCAGCAGGUGGGGAGUCGAGUGACGCUCCCUCUGGCACCGGUGGCGCAUUUGCCAGGAUGUCAGACGUCAUCCCUCCACUUCCCGCCCCACAGUCAGCAACAGAUGAUGACGACUGGGAAGCAUAACAUUAUGAACAGUGUACGGUAGCUGUUGGGAUACUGAAGGCUUUUGAUAGCUUUUGAUAAUUUUGUGUACAAAGACUUUGUUCUGAUCACCUAAAAUAUCAGAAAAAGUGAAAAAAGUGUAUAAAUUAAAUCCAUCAGUGUGAAAUGAGCAAUAGAUGACCUCAUAAUGCAACUAAAAAUAAGCGCAGUAGUUUGUCUAGACAGCUAAACAUCACAUCACAUCACUUACACUCAAAUAAUAAAACCAUUUAUUGAUCAUAUUCAUUCUUUAGUAAAAAUGAUUUCAUAAAAUUAAACAAGCUUAUCAUUAGAUACAACGGAUCAUCGGAACACUCAUUGAAAUGAUGGAACUGAUUAGCAAGCAAGCUUUUAAUCACGACACUCGCCAGUGAAUUCUUGAAAUAUUUAAAACUCCAAGAGUAAGUCGGUCACAUGUAUGCCUACACCAGUGCUGUGCCUGAUAUCUGUGUAGUAGCUCUUUCAGUAAUGCAUUUCAACAUACUGCGUUUAAAAAUAGAUGAGAAGCUAUUUUCUUUUCCAUCAUCCAGACUGACAAACUGAGGAAAACAAUGCCUCUUCAGUCUUUGCUAUCAGAUAUUUCUUCAGCUCAACAGAUAUGUUAUCAGGACGAAACAGAGAACAAGAUGCAGAGAGCAUCUAAAAGGUGGAAUGUGAAUUAAAGCAAAUAUAAAACCAACUUCCCGGUUGAUGGUUGAACCAGCAGCAAUCACAAGGGCGCAAAAAUGUUCCAGAAUUUAAACAUAAUGCAGCUAUGAAAAGGCUGCGGUUGUGAACUUUUAACAUCUCUGUCAGUAUUUUUAUUAGAGCACAUUCAAUUUCCCUGCUGUUGCACUUCAACUUUCUCCAAAUUCUUCCCAACCUGGGCCUCAUGGGACUUUAAAGUUUAAUGUUGAGCACUUGGGGAAACGUCAGUUGUUCCCUUUGGGAGGGAAACUACAGCUGCUUCUGCUUCUUUUCCACGAAGAACUAGGAAAGAGUAAUUUACAGACGAAAUCCAAAUAAAUUUCAAGUGUUUGUCAUGAUGCAGUGUUUUGAGUGCACAUACUGUACAUAAUAGCUUUUGUUUCUCACCUUCCGCAAGGCACCAAAAGCAGGACCAAAAGUCGUGUGUGUGCUAGUGCGGUCUUUGAUCCAUGUGGGGAGUUUAGAGAGCGUACCAGGCCGAGAGUAACGUCUGUCGCACAACACGAUGGAGGAAUAGUCUCCACGGUGACGAAUAGCUCUUCCUGUAGCCAGAGAAAAUCAAAUGAAUAUUAUUAAAGAUUACUGUCUAUUAUCUUACA